AUGACUGCCAUAUCCCACACCUCGCCCUUGUCCAACUCCAUCCCCAACGAGAAGCGGAACUUCUCUGGUCACUCGAUGACGAACAAGCACAGUAAUGGCCAUAGCCCUUUCCCGCAGAAGCUCAAGAACUUCUUCAGAAUCAACAGCUCCGGCAACAGCAACAACAACAAUAACAACAACAACGAGAAGCACGAUGGGUCAUUAAAGUCGGAAAACAAGAGCUACUUCCGACAAUCCAAAUUCUUCCCAAGUGUUGGCCGGAAUAGAUCUACUACCGUUGCUAGUGAGGGCAAUGCAUUGGACGAUGGGCUUAGUCCGACAGCCCACGCAAACCCAUACUUUGCCCAUCAAGGACCUCCAGCUUUACGACACCACAAUGAAGGCUCGGUGCCUCCGAGUCCCCCCGACACCCCAACACUGAAAAUCGAUGCAGUCUCCGGAGCGAAUGAUCAGGCUACGAUUGCUGGGAAGGAGGAAUUGGCACGAAGAUUAAGAAGAGUUGCCAGCGCUCCAAAUGCACAAGGUCUCUUUGCUUCGUCCAAAGGCGAUGGGGAUAGACCAGCUACCGCCGAACUUGGUAAGGCGCCAUUAGCACAUAAUGCCAGUACAAGCAUGCUGGCUUUGAUCGACUCCAAGAACGAUGGAGCGAACGGAAGCUCACUUGGAAUGCCUGCGGAGGACAGUCUUGGAGAUUUACAACCACCGCCCACUCCGUUGGCAUUCAGGAGGACAUACAGUUCGAAUUCCAUCAAGGUUAGAAAUGUCGAAGUUGGCCCGGGAAGUUUCGACAAGAUCAAGUUGAUUGGGAAGGGAGAUGUGGGGAAGGUCUAUUUGGUGCGGGAGAAAAAGAGUAGUAGGCUGUAUGCUAUGAAGGUAUUGAGCAAGAAGGAGAUGAUCAAACGUAACAAGAUCAAGAGAGCAUUGGCUGAGCAAGAGAUCCUGGCUACUAGCAAUCAUCCGUUCAUUGUUACGCUGUACCACUCGUUCCAGUCGGAGGACCAUUUAUAUCUAUGCAUGGAAUAUUGUAGCGGUGGUGAGUUCUUCAGAGCAUUACAAACCCGACCUGGGAAGUGUAUACCAGAAGAAGAUGCUAGAUUCUACGCUGCGGAGGUUACAGCUGCUUUGGAAUACCUCCAUUUGAUGGGAUUUAUUUACAGAGAUUUAAAGCCAGAAAACAUUCUUCUGCACCAAUCAGGACAUAUCAUGUUAUCGGACUUUGAUUUGUCGAAACAGUCUGAUCCUGGUGGAAAACCAACAAUGAUUCUCGGCCGAGGUGGCACAAAUUCGAACUCUCUUCCUACGAUCGAUACCAAGUCUUGCAUAGCAAACUUCCGAACAAACUCCUUUGUCGGCACUGAGGAGUAUAUUGCGCCGGAAGUUAUCAAAGGCUGUGGUCAUACAAGUGCGGUGGAUUGGUGGACUCUAGGCAUCUUAAUUUAUGAGAUGUUGUUCGGCACGACGCCUUUCAAGGGCAAGAAUCGCAAUGCGACUUUUGCCAAUAUUCUGAGAGACGAUGUACCAUUUCCAGAGCAUUCUGGGUCUCCUCAAAUUUCAAAUCUUUGCAAAUCCCUGAUCCGUAAGCUGCUGAUCAAAGACGAGAACCGCCGAUUAGGAGCUCGCGCCGGAGCAUCAGACGUCAAGACACACCCUUUCUUCCGAACCACACAGUGGGCCCUGAUUCGUCACAUGAAGCCACCCAUGGUUCCGCAUCAAGGCAGGGGAAUUGACACCGUCAACUUUAGGAAUGUAAAGGAGAGCGAAAGCGUUGAUAUCAGCGGUGCUAGAGGCAUGACGUUACCAACAGGAGUACCACUUGACUCGGGUUUAGCCACCCCCGCCGGGGAAAUCGUCGACCCAUUCGAGGAGUUUAACUCGGUCACGUUACAUCACGACGGAGAAGAGGGUCAAAUGGAGGACCAAAACAACGGUCGAUAUGACGGGAGGAAUUGA